AUGACCGAUUCAGUAAAGGCUAAUGGACCAAGCUCCUCGGAUAUGGAGUACUACUAUAAGUCACUCUAUCCGUUUAAGCACAUUUUCAACUGGUUGAACCAUUCCCCCAAGCCUUCAAGAGAUAUGAUUAACAGAGAAUUCGCUAUGGCGUUCAGGUCAGGUGCUUACAAAAGGUAUAAUUCUUUCAACUCUGUGCAGGAGUUCAAGGCACAGAUAGAAAAAGCCAACCCAGACAGGUUCGAAAUCGGUGCCAUAUAUAACAAACCGCCAAGAGAACGUGAUACCCUUCUAAAAAGCGAAUUGAAAGCCUUAGAGAAGGAGUUGGUGUUUGAUAUUGAUAUGGAUGAUUACGAUGCCUUUAGAACGUGUUGCUCUGGGGCCCAAGUUUGCUGCAAAUGCUGGAAAUUUAUAUCUUUGGCAAUGAAAAUUAUGAACACGGCCCUGACAGAGGAUUUUGGUUAUAAGGACUUCAUUUGGGUAUUUUCAGGAAGACGUGGUGCUCAUUGUUGGGUAAGUGACAAACGGGCCCGAGCUUUGACGGAUGUACAGCGAAGAAAUGUUUUAGAUUAUGUUAACGUUGUUAGAGAUAGAAAUACUGAUAAAAGAUUGGCUCUAAAGAGACCUUAUCACCCUCAUCUUGCUCGUUCUCUGGAGCAGUUGAAACCUUUCUUUGUCAGCAUUAUGCUCGAAGAGCAAAAUCCUUGGGAAGAUGAUCAACAUGCUAUCCAAACUUUAUUGCCCGCAUUAUAUGAUAAACAAUUGAUCGAUUCAUUAAAGAAGUAUUGGCUGGAUAAUCCUAGGAGGUCAAGCAAAGAAAAGUGGAAUGAUAUAGAUCAGAUAGCCACAUCGCUCUUUAAGGGUCCCAAGCAAGACUCCCAUAUAAGCAGGCUACGUGAAUGUAAGGAAGAUCUCGUAUUGAUGACUCUUUAUCCUAAGCUGGAUGUAGAAGUUACAAAGCAAACAAUCCAUUUGCUGAAGGCCCCUUUUUGUAUUCACCCUGCUACCGGGAACGUCUGUGUGCCCAUUGAUGAAUCAUUUACUCCAGAGAAAGCACCAAAACUAAUUGAUCUGCAAAGAGAAAUGGAGAAUAAUAACGACGUUUCAUUAACGGCUUUACAGCCUUUUGUAAAUCGGUUUCAAACAUAUGUGAGUUCUCUUUUGAAAAGUGAACUGGGUUCAGUGAAGAGAGAACGUGACGAUGAUGACGAAUCGGCUUCCCUAGAUUUCUGA